UAUAAAGAAAUCCGUAGACGACUUAAUCUGUUACGUAGGUUCAAUCUAGUAGUAGAAGAACGGGAUUGUUAUUGGAAUAUACAUAAAUGUGUCUACGGUGUCCCAAAUUAUUAUUGACCUGGCAAUGCAAGUAACUCGUAAGAAAACACGGUAUGACGUAAUAAUAUUGUUUCCAAGCCUCUCUUAUAUCGUGAGUUUGUCGUACUACGCUCUGCAAUAAUCCCAUCGAAAGGGAAGUGAUAGUACACAGCUAGUUUUUGUCAGCUGCGCAAUUAUUUCUAUGGCUAGUUCAAUCCCUUUCUAUAAUACCACUUAUUGUUGCGAGCUUAAUCUUCCGUGUACUAACAUAUAAAACAUCCGAUGUCCACCGUUAAGGACCACUGUAGUGGGUAGAUCCAAACAGAAAACAGCCACCAAAAAAUAAACAAGAUGGCUCACAAAGUAUUGAUCUUGACUUUGGCCUUGAUGACCGUUGUCAAUGGAGGAACUCAAGAGAAGAGAAGCGCUACGCCUUGGGACGCGGCACUGGCCGCUUUGGCUCAGGACCACGUGCUUUGGCAGGCGCCUGAUCAAGCAGAUUCCAGCUCAGACGUAGCAGGGGCAGUGGCUGCGGCGAAAGCGGCAGCUCGUGCUGUCAUGGCUGCCCAGGACCAAGUUGCUGCAGCGAAGCACGCGGCUCUCGAGCAGCAAAGCAUUGCCGCUGCUAAGGAGGCUGCUGCUGCUCAUGCAGCCCAUAAAAGUGAGGAGGCAGCGCGGCACGCGCGCGCGCACGCGCUGGCUGCUGCACAGGCCGCCGUGCAUGCCCAAGCGCAGUUAGCGGGCGCAAAGGCCCGCGCUGCAGCCGCACAGAAAGUCGCAGCCGCGCGGGAAGCCGCUGCUGCCCGGGCUAUACAACGCGCUGCGCAUAACCAAGCUACUAGACUGCAGAAUGCUGAUAUCGAAGCUCUGAAGCUGUCAGUGCUGCAGAGCUCUGGGGCAGCAGGCGCAGCAGGGGCCGCGCAGCAUGCGGCCUCCCUCGCUGCAGCCGCGCUUCGCCCCGCAGCGCCGUGGAAGCCAGCUCCAUGGCCAGUGUGGUCACCUGCCUCUGGCCCAUGGGCUUGGUCUUAGAUUCUUAAAAUUACUAGGAACUUGCGUGUCUAACAUAGCUAGAUAUAGACUCAGAUAAUGCACGAAACAUGUUUUGUCCUAGCCAUGCUGAGAUUUCGAUCCAUGAGUAAUAUAGAAAACCAUCUAAGAAUAUUUUAUGAGCCAUCGAAACUAAAAUAGUAGUUUAUGUGACUGUUACAUAAUGAAAGGCAUUUAAACACGAGUAUUGGUUUCAUAAAAACAUCACACGAGUGUUUUAAUGCAUAAUUAUAUACAUUUACAUACACUGCUUUAUAUAUACACACAUAUUAUAUAAGCUCUCUAGGAUGUGUUCAGGAGCCGCAUGUUACGACCCGGCGAAAUAGCGGCAAAUAAAAACUUUUCUCACGCAUGUCAUGUGUGACCGUACUUUUUAUUUAAUUCAUUGACAAACUAGAGUCGGCCCCGACUAUCAUAUCGUUCGAUAUCAAGUAACGUGUGAAAU